CCAUGGGUGUAUUUUAUUUUAUUUAUUUAUGUUUAUAAAUAAGUGUCAGACGUUCAGAACACGAACUGUGAGGUUUUGGAAAUGCACUGCAGUAUACUAUCGGUAGUACACUAAAAUUACAAUGUAACUUUCAUAAAUAUGUUAAUAUACAAUAAAACUGAAAACAGUAAUGUGACGGUGCAUAGGCAGCAACACACAUAUACUUCUUUACAUUAAUAACACAUUUUUGAAUGAAUAUGUACGUGUCCGUGACGCGAAUUUGGAAAUCGUUCGAAACGAGGCUGAAGUUGGCUUCUUAUUCACUUGUUUCUUAUUCGUAGUUUCUUAUUCAGACUUUGAUCUGCUCCCAACUGAAGGAUUGACUUUGUAUGUAAGAGGUUAAACCAAUGUAUGUAUUAUAAUUGAAUAAGUAACAGUGUAUUUAAGGGGUUAAAAUCACGUUGGGCUGAAAAUGUAUCUGUGGAUAUUUAUAGAGGGCAGCUCCUAAACAAUAUUCCCCUUAAACCCUUAAAUACACUUACUUACUAGAAACAGGCGAAUAAGAAGCCAACUUCAGUCUUGUAUCCCACGAAGUAUAUUCCGAGAAAGGCUGCUGCUUGCUAAACUAGGAAAUUAUCACGUGAGUGUGAAUAACGGGUUUAGAAAUCUCAACAAAGGGCUAGCAACGAUAAGCAAUCUUUUCAUCGAGGCACGGUUUUAUUAAGACUAUAAUAAUAUAUUUUCAAGCCGAGCCGACGGUGUAUGGUUCUUGAAGCACCAUGUCUACCAAGUAAGAUUUUACACAGUGCUUUACUUUUAGGGUUGAGGGGCAGGGGAGGGAUUACAUCGAUGUUUGUCAGUGUUUAAUUCAAGUUCAAAUUAAUGCAAGAUGGCGAAAGAAUGCUCAUGGUGAGUUUUUACUUAAAGUUGAUUUUGUUAGGACAUUCAUUUAGCCUACACAAUGAUGCAGCUACAAGUUGACGAUCUUUCGUUGAUAAUAAUAUUGUAACGACCUAAAAAUACAGGAGCAACACCGGAGCCGUACCGAAGGGAAAAAUGAUGCCUGGAGUCUGUCAGAUACUCACAGUAAGCAUACUGAGUGUACAUUCAUUAACAAGACAUCGCAGAGGGAUAGUCUGUGAUCUUUUGGGAGAAAUAUGUUGAGACUCUUUAUGAAAUGAUACAGUUUAUAAAAAUCAUGUGCUUUCUUCAUCUGGUUCCCAUUGCCAGUUGCAAGUUUCCAGCUCCUGUCAAUGUGACCCUCAGCUCUCACGACUUUCAGCAUAUAUUGAGAUGGGAACCAGGACCUGGUACUCCAGAGAGGGUACAAUACAGGGUCAGGUACAACUCCAUCAAAUGGUUUUUGAUGAAGUCAUGCCUGAAUGUCACCAGUACCAGAGAGUGUGAUCUAACGGUAGUGUUUGAUGAUGUCAACGAGCACUAUGCCACUCAGGUUCAGGCCUUCAAUGAGACGCAGCACUCCGACUGGACUUCAAUGAGCUCCACUUUCAAACCUUUUUCAGACACAGUCCUUGGUCCACCGGAGGUGUCUGUCUCUGGGUGUGGAGGUUGUCUCAGCUUGCAGAUCAAACCUCCCAGAGGAAAAGGAAAAAAGAAUUUGCUGACACUUUACCAUCAGUUUGACUAUAGCAUUGGAGUACAGAAUAUGAAUGAUGGGCGCAAGUUCUCAGAACAAUUGGAAAAAUGGAAAGGCACCGUGAAUCACAGUAUAAAGCUACUGGAGCCUGGCACAGAGUACUGUGUAACAGUGAGAAUGUACCAUGCUGAAUUGAACAUGAACUCAAAGCCCUCUGAGCCACAAUGUGCAUUCACUAGUCCUGAGCCUGUCAGCAAAGUUCCAGGUGUACUGGUUUCAUUGUUCAUCAUCUUCCUGUUGAUGGCUCUGGUGGUGUCUUCCCUUGUAUAUAGUGGGUUCCUGUGCUCAUUAAAGGCAAACCUCCCCCAAGUGUUGGCUUCUUUUACUGUAGACGGUGCCAAUUUAAAGAGGGUUUUUGUUCCAGAAGGUUGCACUGUUGUGGCGCAUGCCUCCCUUUUCCACAAUCAUUGCAGCAUAAAGAAAAGAAACAGUCGGAAACUUCUAGACACCAGUGAAAGUGAGCACUCUGACAGUGGAGAGAUCGAUGGGUAUGAAAACCAUGGCUUCCAGGUUCCAGACAAAGAGAGUUCCAAUAACGAACCUGUGGAAACUGAAGACACUGUCACUCCUGUGGAGCCGGGGCAAGCCCUUGAUCCAGGUGAUCCAGCACAGGCAUUGUGUCUGGUUGUGAGUGAGGAGACAGCAGGGCCUCCAGUGGGGCAGCCAGAGCAACUUGAACCCUUACUUGAGAGGAGAGACUCUGUAGAGGAGGAAAGCUGCCAAGAUGUCAAUUUGUUUUCAGUGAUGUUGGGGGCUGCUGAUGAAGACAUCUUAGAGAGCCCUUCAGUUGAGGUGGCUCUGGUUGUAGAGGAUUAACCGCAGGGCUGCUGUAAUCUGCAAGAAGAUCCACAAGAAUCACUACUGACAGUGGCUCUAGAAUCUGUAGAAAUUAAAAACAAAGAGCAGUUAGCUAUUGUCCAGUCAGAGGAGGAGGAGAGUGACUGUGAGCUUUAUUAAGCACUCUUCAAGUUGUCAAAUAAGAAUAUGUAGCUUCAAAUUAAAUGUUCAUAUAUCAUUAUUUUUACUUUAUCUUUUUAUGGUGUUUUGCAAUCAUUCUGAGUAAUUAUUAUUAAAAGUACUCAAAUGUUGCAUUUAAUUAAUUUUUUACAUGGCUUGUUUUACUGUGCUUUGAGCUGAGUUGAAGAGCACCUCUCAAGCUGUAGUUGCCAGAUUCAGUUUUCCACAGUUGUGUAACACAGUGUAGAUCAGCAUCAUUUUGGAAAAAGCCAGAGCCGGUGCCAUCUAAUAAUGAAGUACUGUACUGCGAGUCAAGUUUCCUUUUGUAUUGCUGUCACUAAGCAGUAGCUGUUUAAUAGAUGAUGCAAUACAAAUACUGACUCUCAGGCAACCAAAGCUGAAGAUGCACAGGCUACAUAUAUCAAAAACACAGUAUUUGGGUAAUUGCAAUAAUAAACACUCAUAUAAAGUAUGUCCUGUAUGAACAUCUAAAUUGAAGCCACAUGCUGUGAUUAAGCAGAUCACAUUAGUACUAUAGCUGGAUUGGAAACACAGUAAAAGUUGUUAGAUCGUCCCGCUGUUUCAAGGUGGAAAGGUGGAAAUGCAACAGAAGGCAACGUUGAGAUAUUGUCGGUUUUAUUAGCCCUUUGAAACAAAGCAACGAGAUUGUAAAAGGAUGUAGUUUAAACAUCAGUGUUUGAGAACAUUAACAUGAUGCCCUGAAACCUGAGCCUGCCUAAAACAAAUCCUGCUAACUUUACACAGGCAGGAAGGUGUUGCUGCUUUGUGUGGGCCAUGUUUCCAGGAUUUGUUCUGUGGUUUCUCAAUCUGUCAGUAUUGGUGGGUGUGCCAUUUACAAUUGCUGUUAAUCUAAUUGGUAACUAUACUGCUGCUUAAGACUGGAGCCAGAGAUCUCCGAGACUUAACAUUUUGAAUUGCCGUCCACAAUUAAUCAUUCACAUUAUAAUAUGCAGUCAUUAUCAUUACUUUUGUAUCAAGUAAAUAUAUACAUGCACAAACAUUUUGUUAUAUGAAUACACAGUAUGGAACAACACUCAGAAUGAAAACUAAAAUGUAUGUAUUUUAUAUAAUUACAAAUAAACAUAUUUUUCAUUUA